GACAACCCAAUGCAGGCAGAGCUUUCUAGCGGCGCUGGCCUAAAUAGCAACUUUUUCUGUCGGACAUGUCAUGUUGGCGGCAGUCAAGAGCACAAACGGUCGGAUGUGGGAUUUGGCAGCAUUUUCGAGGUCAGUGGAGCUGUCCGUGAUUCAGGUGUCAAAGACGGAGUCGCCCAACCAAUCAUUGAUCAUAUUGUGAAGCUUGGCCAGCAACUACGCAAGUCAUCCAGUCCAGAACAGAUAGCCCAUAGCCCGGAGGAGGUUCAAGCAAUCCUCACAGAAGAGCUCCGCGUUGACAUCCACAAGGACACACCUACCGAGAUUCUGCACACCAUCCUACUUGGAAUUGUCAAGUAUUUUUGGGGUCAGACCGUCUUCUUUCUAGAGAAGGCAAAACAGUUCCACAUCUUCCAGAUACAUCUGAACUCGAUCGCCUCGGAUGGCCUUAACAUUCCUGCCAUACCCGCGGAUUACAUUUGUCAGUAUAAAGGCGCCCUGAUUGGCAAGCACUUCAAGACCUUGUCGCAAAUCAUGGCAUUUACAAUAUAUGAUCUGGUCCCCCAGAAUGUGCUCGAUGCAUGGCUCCUAAUAAGCCACCUGACUGUCAUGCUCUGGCAUACCGAGAUCGAUGACAUGAAUGUCUACCUGGCUAAACUUCAACAAUGCAUCGAUGACAUCUUAGACGUCACUGCACUCUGCAGCCCGAGUAUUCUUAUCUCAAAGCCCAAGUUUCACUUCCUUGUCCAUCUUCCCUUCUAUAUUCGUCGAUUCGGUCCUGCUAUACUGUACUCAACAGAG